CCAGCGACGUAGCCUAACAAAGCCUCCGGGCACCGGAAGACCUGGUUACUAAGGGUUUCAUAAUUUCCUGUACGUGCCCAGCGAGGGAGGCGGGUUACGCCUCACUUCCGGCAGGGGAGGUUCGGCUGCGGGCUUGGGGAUUUAGGAAUUCUCACUUUGUGAGUGAUACAAAAGAAGACUAAGAACUGCUUUAAGCAUGGCUGCUGAGCUGAACUUCUCUCCCCCUGAGGUCCCAGAGCCUACUUUCCUAGAGAAUCUUCUUCGUUAUGGACUAUUUUUGGGAGCUAUCUUCCAGCUUAUCUGUGUAUUGGCCAUAAUAUUCCCAGUUUCAAAGUCUCAUGAUGGGGAAGGGGGACAUUUUGAACCAAGAAAGUUUGAGGUGACCAAGAAGCCAAAAGGACCUGCUCCUUCUCAAAGCAAAAAGUCCAAGAAGGAAACCAAGAAGAAGAGAUAGAAUAGAAUUUGCCAAACGUGACAUGGGUAUGACCUACUCUACUUCUUUCUUCAGAAUCAAGUAUUCAUAAAGACAGAUGGAUUUCAGGAAAAUCAAAUCUUCAUAAAAACAUUUGUUUGGCAUCAUCUUCCUUGCAGAAUCUGAGAUGGAAGAGACUUCAGGGUCAUAUAAUCUAUUCUCUUUUCUGAAUAGGAAUUCUUUCAACAGCCUCCGUGAUGAGUGAAUCUGCUGCCUCUGCUUGAAGACCUCCAGGGAUGGGGAAGUCCUACCUCUUGAGGCAGUCUAUUCCACUUUGGGAUAGCUCACUAACUGUAGGAAGAUUUUCCUAACAUUGAACCAAAAUCCACCUCUCUGAAACUUUUGACCUAGUCCUUCAGUGACUAGUAACUUUAGUGGAGCAUGGGUGCCUUUUAAUCACAGAGGGCCAUAUAAGCAUGAACAUUUUUUAGGCCAUAGGUGGCCAAGUUACUUUCUCUAAAGCCCUCUCUUCAAAUCUUGUUCAGUCAUGGCUUCUGAAGCACAACCCCUUCAGAAAGGAAAAUGAAUUACAGGCACUACAGUGACAUUUGAUUUUAGGAAAAAUGACAACAGAAUAAUGAGCACAUUAUAUAAACAAAGACCAUCUAUAUUGGAGUUCUUGGUUUAAACAUCAUGUUAAAAUAACCGAGUUGUUUCUUACUAUUUAAUCAUUUUAACUAAUUUUUAUUAUAACAUGUAUGUACACUACCACUUCAAGAUCUGGACAAGGCUUCCUUCCUAAUCAGCUUUUGCCUUUACUUUAAAAAAGUGUUAGGGCCUCUCUUUGUAAGAAUGAUGUCAACCACAAUCUUAGGAAUGAGAGAACUUUAGGAAGUUGAGUCUGAGAGGUUGCCUGGAGGAUAGGCAACUUUAUCCAUGGUGAAAAUGGUUUUAAAUUCUGUACCAAAAAUAUUAAUCAUUUUUCUCCUUUUCCUAAUGAAGCAUUUUUCAGCAUUUCCUCUUAUUUUCCCUUAGGAGUAGAAAGGAUUUUACUAAGUGAAUAUGUUUUCCAUGUAGAAAUUGGCCUUGGUCUCAACUUCUAUAAUGUUUUAGGGUAUGUAUGCAUUUUGUUCCCUGCUGCUACUUCCCUGACCUAUUUUUAGUGCAUCUCCCGAACCUCUUCUUCUCCCUGCCCCCCAAAUCUUUUAGCCCUUGCUGAAGGAGAAAAGAUUGGGGGAUGGCCAUGAGAGAAGAUUAAUAAACCAUAGUGCAUGAUCAA